AUGCUUAAUCAGUGCUUUAGUUUAAGACCUUUGAGGAAUGUUUAUCGUCACGUGAAUCCAAUUCAUCACAUCUUACCUUCUCAACAGGUACUUUUAAAUGCAGCAUCUAGACGGAAUGUUUUCGCAGUUACCGGUAUUCAACCAAGUGGUAAACCUCACCUCGGAAAUUAUCUUGGGGUCAUAAAACCAUGUGUCACGUAUUGUCGUGAUAGUGAUGUAUCACAAUUCUUUAUGCUAAUCGCAGAUUUACAUUCUCUUACAUCAAACAAUUGUAAUGACCUAAAGCAUGGUAUUCAUGAACUUGUGGCUACUCUGCUCGCAUGUGGAUUUGAAGCAAAUUCUUUAAAGCAAAUAAUAUUCCUUCAGUCCUCUGUACCUGGACAUACUGAACUAGCAUGGAUUUUAUCAUCAGUUUGCUCGGUCCUGAGGUUAGCUCAUUUACCUCAAUGGAGAGAAAAAUGUAGAUAUUUUGACUCAGUAUCUGAUGUAUCUACCAACAAUACGUCACCAAUAAAUAAUAUCCCUGAUAAUGCUUCCGUUGGUUUAUUUACCUAUCCUACUUUACAAGCUGCUGAUAUACUACUUUAUGGAGCACAUUUAGUUCCUAUUGGAGCUGAUCAAAUAACUCAUAUUGAAUUAGCACGUGAUCUAGUUCGAUCAGCUGUACAUAAAUGGCCAUCAUUAUCAUCUAUUUUACAUUUACCUAAUAGUCUCAUAUUUAAUGCACCUAAAAUAAACAAUCUAACAAAUCCAAUUAAAAAAAUGAGUAAAUCAGAUCCAUCCGAAUUAGGUAUUAUCUAUUUAACUGAUACACCAGAUAAUAUUUAUAAAAAAAUUAAACGUGCUGAAACUGAUUCUAUUCGUAAAAUUAAUUAUGAUCAUGAAAAACGUCCAGGUGUAUCAAAUUUAUUAAGAAUUCUAUCUGCUAUUCAGGGUCGUGAAAUAGAAGAAAUUCUAUCUACAGUAGCUAAUGAAUGGAGUAAAGAAGAUUUGAAAUCUAAAGUAUCAGAUGCACUUAUUCAAGAAUUUGAUCCAAUUCAGAGACGACUACAUCAUCUUAUGAAUACAGAAGAAGGUCAAUCUACUAUAGUUAAUUGUUUAUCACAUGGUUCAAAGCAAGCUAAUCAAUUGGCUACAAAACGUUUAGAUCUAAUUUAUUCUGCCAUUGGUUGUAAGAUAUCAGUUUGUAAAAAUUAUUCUUCAUCACACAACUAG